GAAACGGUGCGUUUUAAGAAUUCUUUUUUGCUAAUCCUUCUUUACACCUCGCAGUUAGGCCUGUGAAAACACUACCUAGCGGUGAUUGAUUCGAUCGGAGACUCCUAUUCCUAUUCAAUUUGAGAAAGAAAGAAACAAGAUGAUAAGAGCAGUGCUAGUGAUGAACACGGAGGGGAAGCCUCGUCUCGCCAAAUUCUAUGAAUUUCGGCCCGUGGAGAAGCAGCAAGAAAUUAUUCGCAAUGUGUUUGCAGUCUUAUGCAGUAGACCUGAACAUGUCAGCAAUUUUGUGGAUGCUGAGUCCUUCUUUGGCCCGGAUGCUCGCCUUGUCUACAAGCACUUUGCAACUUUAUACUUUGUAUUUAUAUUUGAUAGUUCUGAAAACGAGCUCGCUAUGCUUGACUUGAUACAAGUCUUCGUGGAAACAUUGGACAAAUGCUUCAGAAAUGUAUGUGAGAUAGAUGUUGUGUUCAACUAUAGUAAGCUGCAUACUAUACUAGAUGAGAUUAUUUUCGGAGGUCAGGUGUUGGAGACAAGUUCAACUGAGGUUAUGAAGGCUGUUGAAGAAAUAUCAAAGCUAGAAGCAGCAUCCAAUGCAAUCAAUCUUGUUCCAAAAUCUGUUUCUGCUUGGAGGUCGCGGUAGCAUAAUUUUAAUUUAGCUUCCGGAAAGAUCUGCGUUGACAUAUAAAAGAGGUAUGAAAGCUGAAAUAUCUUGUGGAGUCAGUAGGAUGAACUUUUGUCUUAAUAUAGGUGUUCGUAUUUGAAGCAAAGACUGACACCCGGAGUGAGAGCUGGCCAUGGUUGCUACUGAUCUAAAGAUGGAUAAGUUUGGCAAUUGGUGAGAUUUUUUAUUUGUAAUUACCUACCUUUAUUGGUCUAAGGAAUCGUAUACAACUUUACCUGAGCACUUAUUGUAUGCAGCAGAUCCCACUUUCUGUUAAUCUAUUUGGUUGCAUUUUGACUUGAAUUGUCGACUCAUUAAAAUUCCUGAUGAACCGUGGAUUUUCUGUAUCAAAUAGUUAUUACAGGAAU